AUGGUCCAAGUUCGAGAAGCUUCCUUUCCCUCCCGCUCUUUGGUCCGCUGGAGCUCAGGAGGUGAGGGAGAAGCCUCGCUCGAGGAGGUGGCUUAGAAGGCAGGGGAAAUGGAGGAGGGGGUACUGGGGGCUGCAAAGACGUAUUCAGGCCAGGGAGCUGAGGAGAUGAAGCUGGAGCCAUCACAAAAGCAUAAGCCUGCACCAGAGGAAAUCUUGACGUGGAGCUGCAGCUGCAGCAACGAGAAGAUGCUCCCUUCAACCGCCCCUCGCUGUCACAGCAGCUCCUCGCCUCUUUGCCCUCGCCGCAAGCCCCGCCCCCAGCCCCAGUCCCGGGCCCGCUUCCGAGGCCAGUCAGGGCCCUGGGCCCCACCCCUGCCUCCAUCCCAUCCUCCCCCUCCACCGCCGUCCAGGUCCCUGCCCUGGCGCAGAUCUUGGCAUAGACCCCGGCCCGGGUCCAGGCCCCAGACUCAGUGAAGAUGUUCUGCUGACCUACACCCCUCUGGGGAUCGAGGUGGCUUAGGGGACUGGUAGCUGGAGGUGGAGUUUGAUCAGGGUCCCGCAGGGUGCUCUCAUGUGGAGGGCUUUAAAGUAGCUAAGAACUGGCAGAAAAACCUGCAGUUGAUCUACCAGCGUUUCAUUUGGAGUGGGACCCCGAAGACAGAGACUAGGAAACGUAAGGCAAAGUCAUGCAUCUGUCAUGUAUGUAGUACCCAUAUGAACAGACUCCACUCUUGUCUUUCCUGUGUCUUUUUUGGCUGCUUUACUGAGAAGCAUAUUCACAAACAUGCAGAAACCAAACAGCACAAUUUAGCUGUAGACACCUAUCAUGGGGUUAUAUAUUGCUUUAUGUGUAAGGAUUACGUAUAUGACAAAGACAUAGAACAGAUUGCCAAAGAAACAAAAGAGAAAAUUUUGAACUUCUUAGCUUCCACUUCAUCAGAUGUCUUUCAACAACAGUGUAUGACAUCAGGUAUUGAAGAGAAGCAAUCAACCUGUGAGUCAAAGGAACAGGAGCCAAAAUUGGUGAAACCCAAGGAAAAGAGGAGAAAAAAGUCAGUCUGUACCGUAGGCCUGAGAGGGCUAAUCAAUCUUGGGAACACCUGUUUUAUGAAUUGUAUUGUCCAGACACUUACCCAUAUUCCUCUACUGAAAGAUUUCUUCCUCUCUGACAAGCACAGAUGUGUAAUGACACACGCCAGCUUGUGUCUUGUCUGUGAAAUGUCUUCACUUGUUCAUGCUAUGUACUCUGGGAGCUGAACUCCUCACAAUUCCUAUAAGUUACUGCACCUGAUAUGGAUUCAUGCAGAACACUUAGCAGGGUACAGGCAGUAGGAUGCCCAUGAGUUCCUCAUUGCAAUAUUAGAUGUGCUUCAUAGACACAGCAAAGAUGAUAGUUUUGGUCAGGAGAACAAUAACCCCAACUGCUGUAACUGCAUCAUAGACCAAAUCUUUACAGGUGGCUUGCAGUCAGAUGUCACAUGUCAAGUUUCCAAACUGUCCACCACAAUAGAUCCAUGCUGGGGUAUCAGUUUAGACUUUCCUGGCUUUUGUGCCACAUUCAGUUCCCAGAGUCCAGAGAGGGUUAAUGGCACAGUGAGGAGGGAUGAGUACAUACCAGGAAUUCCCUCACUCACAGACUGCUUACGGUGGUUUAUAAGGCCAGAGCAUCUAGGAAACAGUGCCAAAAUCAAAUGCAGUAGUUGCCAAAGCUAUCAGGAAUCUACCAAACAACUCACAAUGAAGAAACUACCUGUUGUGGCCUGUUUUCAUCUCAAGCGGUUUGAAUAUGUAGGCAAACAGAGGCGAAAGAUUAAUACUUUUAUCUCCUUUCCCUUGGAGCUGGACAUGACUCCAUUUUUGGCCUCUACUAAAGAGAGCAGAAUUAAAGAAGGCCAGCCACCAAUAGAUUGUGCACCCACUGAGAAUAAGUAUUCCUUGUUUGUAGUGAUUAAUCACCAUGGAACUCUGGAAAGUGGACACUAUACCAGUUUUAUCCGGCAGCAAAAAGACCAGUGGUUCAGCUGUGAUGAUGCUGUAAUCACCAAGGCUAGCAUUGAGGACUUACUCUACAGUGAAGAGUAUUUACUCUUCUAUCACAAACAGGGUCUAGAGAAAGACUAG